AUGGCCGAUGUGGAUAUCGAAAUAAACACGGACCUCCACAAGGCCGGAAAGGAGGAAAUCAACGACGAAGAUCUUAUACAGUACGAUAGCGAUGGAGGCGAAGCCCAAGAGGAUGGUGGCACAUUUGACCUCGAAGAGCCAGUGAUGGCAGAUGACCAAGGAGAAGCAGACAACCAAGACUUUGACACAAAUGGUGACGCCACAGCGCUUGAAAACCAGAUUGAGGAUGGAGACCCGAUCGCCACUGAGCAUGAUAUCACACAACCAGAAGACAUGUCGCUGUUGGAUGCUGCGGCAGAUGCUGCCGAGAACGACGGGGAACUGGUAGUGGAGGAACCUAUGGAAGGCCAGGAAGACGAAGCUGAAGCUGUCGAUGCAGGCGACAUUGACUAUGACAUCUCGUUGGAUGUUGGAGAAACUGGUGCCACGGCAGAGGACGCCACUAUCACAGAAGUUGUUGAGGUGGACUAG